CAGUAACAUUGCACUGGGAAGUCAAAGAAAACAAUGAGGGUGAAGAAGAGGAGUUUGUCUGAAAGCUGCUGACGGGGUCAACAGAGGCUGAACAGUGAGGAGACAUGAAAGCUGUGGUUGGACUGUUGCUGAUGCUGCUCCGAGUCUCUCAUGGUGUGGAAAUCUACUGUGACGGCAGACAGGAUGGAGCUCAGUGUUAUGGAGCUUUGGGAGGAACUGUGGUCCUCCGGCUGAUGGACAGCGCCUCAGAAAUAACUAAAUACAGAUGGAAAUUCAACACAACAGUAAUACUCAACGGGAAAACGAAUAGGAUUGACUCUAAUCUGAUAGCAAACAGAUCCGUCUUUACUCCCAGUAAAGGAACAUUUAGGAUCAAUGACCUGAGCAGGACUGAUGGUGGUGUAUAUACCCUAGAAACAUUUGAUUCCAGUGGACGCGUAUUAGAACCUCGGACUCUACAGUUGUUCAUUCAAGCUCCUGUGUCCUCUGUCCGGCUGGUCACUGAGUGUCUGUCCCAGGGAGAGAUGAGGGCGUCCUGCUCCUCUGAGGGAGGGGACAGUCCUCAGUACAGCUGGACUCUGGGUGGACGCACACUGACACACACUGAGCUCCUCUCUGGAAAUCAUGAGACUAACAACAUCACUCUGAAACAACACGUCUCAGGACGUCUGGUCUGCUCAGUCAAGAAUAAUGUCAGCCAUGUCUCCAAAGAGGAGAUGAUAUCUAACUGUGGCUUCAUCUUCAUAAACUGUACAUUAUGUGACGGGACACACAUAUCACAGUGGGUGUUUGCAGCCAAUAACACACUGUGUAUUGAGUCGACAACAGUCCCUACCACGGUCAGAGACACUACUGUGGAUCCCUCCCUGCUCAUAUGUGGUUUGCUCUUCGCUGUGGCAGUUCUUUCAGUGGUUGGGAUUGCCAUGUUUUUUCAUUUGAAGAUGAGGAAAUACAAGAAAACCAAAGUGCCUGCCACAUCACGAGCAAUGGAGUAUUCAGAGAACUCCUUUUCGGUGGUUGAAUUGAGGAGUUGAUCUAAUCAUUAACAUUUUGGUUAUGCAGUUCAUCUCUGCUUCUAAUAUCACAGGUGGAGACCUCAGACAUUUUCACCUUGUCACAUCCCUGGUUGUUGACUUGACGUGAAAAUGAUCAGUGGAGUCCCACAUACUACCUGCCUAUUAUCAGAAGACCUUUGUCGCUAAUUUAAAUAGUAUUUUAAAAAAUAUUAAGUGUUAAAUUAAGUGUUACAGUACAAUCACAGACAUUUUAGGGCUAAAUGUAUUAGUUACAACUUUCAGCUGUAAGAAUCAGUGAAUCAGUUUAUCCAGAAGCAAAAUGCGUUAUUAAAGUGUAAAUAAAGCUUGUAUUGUCACAUUAGAAAUGCAGCUUGUGAUGUUGUUUGGAAAUUAGUUUAAUGUAGAUUUUCAUGUUGUUUUUUCUUACUGCUAUACUGCAAUUAUUGUUUUUUUUCACUUUUUUAAAAUGUAUAAACAUUAUAUAUAUGACGUGUUUUGUAUAUUCAUUAAUGUAACUGAAGUGUUUGACUUAGACAAGUGAAUGAUGUAACUCUUUAUUUUGUUUUUCACUGGAUCAAAUUUGGGAAAAAGUUCUGUUUCACUCCCAUGUUUAUAAACAUCACUGAUGUAAACAAACUUUUAAAAGAUUUUAACAUUAAAAGCUUAAAUUUA